GUCACGUGAUGUUGUUGGACUCGAUCUGCAUCUUCUUAUAAUAGAGGAGAUCAAAAGAGAGAUAAGGGACUUCACCUGCUUCUUCUUCUUCUCCAAGGCAUUUGGGGAAUAGGGUACAGGUCAUGGCUUCUACAAUCUCAUUCUCUACCGCAAAUGUUCAACUUAUAAGAGUAGGAAAUGAUCAUAGCUAUGUCGGGUUGAGGCCGAUAUCUCCGCAAAGUUGUGUUUCUUUUGUACGGAGAGCGAAGGCCAAUUCGUCGAUGGUCAUUAGAGCAAGCAAUGAGCAAGAGACAUCGGUUAAGACUUCCGGCCGAACCAUUGAGGAAUGCGAGGCAGCGGCUGUGGCCGGCAACUUCCCUGAUCCUCCGCCACUCUAUAGGCCGUCGGGCCCCGAAGGAACCCCGCUUGUUAAACCGCUUUUGCUUCCUAGGCGCCCGCGUCGUAACCGAAAGUCACCGGCACUUAGAGCUUCUUUCCAAGAAACGAAUCUGUCGCCCGCAAAUCUUGUCCUUCCGCUGUUUAUUCAUGAAGGUGAAGAAGAUGUUCCUAUUGGAGCAAUGCCUGGAUGUUUUCGGUUGGGAUGGCGCCAUGGCCUUCUAGAUGAGGUUUACAAGGCGCAAGAUGUUGGCGUUAAAAGUUUUGUGCUCUUUCCGAAAAUUCCUGAUGCUUUGAAGUCACAAACAGGAGAUGAGGCAUUUAAUGAUAAUGGCCUGGUCCCUCGAGCUAUUCGUCUACUCAAGGACAAGUACCCUGACAUUGCUAUUUACACUGAUGUUGCAUUGGAUCCCUAUUCCUCUGAUGGGCACGAUGGUAUUGUAAGAGAAGAUGGAGUCAUAAUGAAUGAUGAAACAGUCCAUCAACUUUGCAAACAAGCAGUUAGUCAGGCCCGUGCUGGUGCUGAUGUUGUUAGUCCGAGCGACAUGAUGGAUGGCCGUGUGGGCGCGAUUCGUGCGGCCCUUGAUGCUGAAGGUUUCCAUGAUGUCUCCAUUAUGUCUUAUACUGCAAAAUAUGCAAGUGCAUUCUAUGGCCCUUUCCGAGAAGCUCUUGAUUCAAAUCCACGAUUUGGAGACAAGAAGACUUACCAGAUGGACCCAGCCAACUACAGAGAAGCUCUUGUAGAAGCUGAAACAGAUGAGGUUGAAGGCGCAGAUAUUCUUCUGGUGAAACCAGCAUUGCCGUACUUGGAUAUCGUGCGUCUUCUUCGAGACAAUUCUUCUCUACCAAUCGCGGCGUAUCAGGUUUCUGGAGAGUACGCUUCGAUCAAGGCUAGCGCGGUAUUCAAAAUGAUCGACGAGGAGAAGGCCAUGAUGGAAUCGCUGCUCUGUAUCAGACGAGCCGGUGCCAACAUAAUCCUCUCUUACUUUGCUCGCCAAGCUGCAGGCGUCUUGUGCGGCAUGAGAUUCAAAUAGCCUAGCUCGUCCAAAGUUUUCACGAUUAAGUAAGUUUUCUCGAAUCCCGCCCGGCCCGCAUCUUCUGUAUCCUUUCGUCUCCUUUUGUGCACUAUUGUUAUUAAGAGCUAGGUAUGUUUGUUUAUGUAGCUUGUUUGUAUUUUACAUGAUAAAUUAUAAGUUUUAUGUAUCUCUCAAUUGCUUCAAUUGCUGUAAGGAGCCAUUAAAAGUACAUAGUGAGUUUAUGUGAACUAAGAAAAUGAGAGUUUAAGAAAAUGAUAGAGAUCCAUAAUGUAGAAGAUUAUUGAACAUGAAUAAAGAUCAAAUUACUGGCUCAA